CGGGUGUUUGGGCUGUGGGCGGCCAGCAGCAGACCCCUGGUUCCUCGGAGCAGUGUGGGUUAAUUGGGUCUGGAGUGGAGCAGGGCGCAAAACCCAGUGGGUAGCGAGGAGCGCUCUCCUGGGAAGGUUCAGUGUGGAGGAACUGAGCAGGGUGUGUGGUACAGGUGUGACAGCUUUGACGUCUCGGCAUGGAGCAGAAACGAGUUGCAAAGCGGCUGUAUGUUGGCGGGCUGGGCCAUACCGUUUCAAAGGAAGAGCUGCAAGAAAGAAUUGGCAAGUUCGGGGAGGUUUUGGACGCAGAGAUUAUUACCAGAAAAGAUGAUCAGGGGAACCCCGUGAAGACUUUUGCUUACCUCACCGUCAGCAUUUCUGACGCAGAUCUUAGGAAGUGUAUGUCAAUAUUAAAUAAGACAAAGUGGAAAGGGGGGACAUUGCAAAUCGAGUUGGCCAAAGAAAGCUUUUUGCACAGACUCGCCGUGGAGAGGGAAGAAGCAAAGCUGCAGAAAGAAAAGCCACAGAGAAAUGAAAAUGCAUUUCUGUUAGAAUCCCUGAAAAAGGCUGGAGUUGUAGACUUUCACAUGAAAGCAGUACCAGGUACAGAGGUGCCAGACCAUAAGAAAUGGGUUGUUGGUAAAUUUGGCAGAGUCUUGCCUGUCCUACACCUUAGGAAUCAACAGAAUAAUAAAAUUGUGAAAUAUGACCCAUCAAAAUAUUGCCAUAACCUCAGAAAGCUGGAGCCAGACAUGACACGUGUAGUUCCUGUAUCUGAGCUUACUUGGCACUUGGAAGAGAGAGAUGACAGCAGCAGAAGCAAGAAGCGGCAGGGAGAGUUUGCUGUGACUAAGAAGCCACCUAAAAAACUGAGGCCACUGGGCCAUGAGGCUCUGAAUGGAGCAGUCAUUCUGCCCUCUGGGUGCCAGUCACCUUCAGAAAGUACGAGCUCACCAGAGCUGGAUCAAAGAUCAAAAUCCAAACCCAAGAAAUCUAAAUUGCCUCCAUCAAGCAGUCUCACCAGGGAAGUACUAGAGAGAGGUUUAUUGCCAGAUAAAAGCAAUGUUUUUGGGGUUAGAGCUCAGAAUAAUAUGAAUGUUUCUGAUAGCGACAUUGAUUCUGAAGAGGAAAUCAGAGCAAUGGUAAAAAGAGAGAGAGAAACAGAGACAGCUGAAAAUGUUGAGUCUGAAAGUGACCACUUGGAAAUUGUUGGGGAUAAUUUUGAAUUAAAAUACAACAGCCACUGGUCCUUAAGCAAUCCAGGUGCCACGAAGAAAGCUAUCAAAGGAAGGUAUAGAGAGCAAGAGACUGUGGAAUGUGAUAAUGGUUAUGAUUCAGCAGAUACAGAUGAAAUUAUUGCUGAAAGUAAAACUCCAAAUCUAAGGAGCAGGAAUACUGCAGUUUUAAAAGAUUUGAAACAAAUAAUGGUAGAAAAUAAAGAAAUACUAACUAACAAAAAUUGUGAGUUGAUAAAUGACUCCUCAGUGGAAACUCACAAUUUAAAAGAAUCUGUUGAAAGCAAAGGGAAAAAUAAAAAAUGCAAAAGUGCUGCCUUGCAAAGUACAACACAGGCAGGUGAUAGUGAAAGCUCUUCUUCAGAGCCUGAGGAAGGGGAGUCUGAAACCAGUUCUGAUUAUGAAUCCAUGAUGCAAAACUGUUACCGCUUAGACCUUACAUUAGAUGACCUAAAAGCACUGACUGCUGAAAACACUGGGACUGCAGCAGAAGAUUCAGACAGUACACAGAGUUCUAGCCAGCCAAGUAUUCAAGAAGAUCCUAAGGGUAAUGUAAAUAAAACAAAACUUCUUAAAUGUUGCCCUAAAGUUAAAAAAAAAUGUAUCUCUCCUGACGAUGUAGUUGCUUCAAUUUUAGCAGGGGUGGAGAAUGCUGAUGUAGAGAGCUCCAAGGGGCAAAAUAAUUUGUGUUUGAAAUAUAAGCCUUUCAGAGGAAUAGGGUCCCUUUGUGACAAGGAGUUAAUUAAAGACAGUGGUUUAAAGAAGAGGUCUGUAGAAAGUGUAGAUCCUGAAGCAUGUAUUUCUUAUUGUGGGGAGAAGUCAUCUAAAAGACAGUCACAGAGCCAUCCACUAUAUCCACAAGAAGUCAGUAGUAAAAAGAGACAAAACACACCUUGUGAACAUCACAAGGAACUGUCAGAUGCUGCCUCCUCAUCAGCAGGCAGGGGUUGUCCUGUUUCCAGGCCUGCCUUACAAGGAAAGAGCAAAGAUGCAAGUUUUUUGCAAGACCACCAGAAUUCAGACUGUGGAGAUGCUGUUCUUAGCACUGAUGAGGGUGAAGACGAGAUCAGUGACAUGGAUAGUAAUGCUGCAGUGUCACACAAGUGUGUUGAACAACGGUUGAAGAACCCAAAACUGCAUUCAAAAAAGUUGAAGGGGGAUGUAAGCAAUAAAAGUCCAGAAUGUGAAGCUAACAAAUGUGAGAAUGGCAAAACAAGCCUGGAAAAUAAAGAGCUAUGUCUUCAUUCUGCUGCUUUGAGGCAACCUGAUAUAGAAAAGAAACAAUUGCAGGACAACCAGAGGAGGCUGGCAGCUCUAGAAGAGAGACACAAAGAGAGAGAAUUACAGAAGAAACUCAUUCAAGGAGCUCUCAAAAAUCUGGAUAGCCAGCCAGCAGGCAAGCAUAAACACAUCAUAUUCAAUUCAGAUGUGGAAAGUGAAGCUGAAGUAGAUGAAAUGUUGAAAGAUACAAGUUUGAGGAAUACGAAUGGAAAAGACAAGACAGCUGCCAAAACUUCCAGCAGACUGUUUGAAAGCAGUGAGGAUGAGGAAGAUGAUACAGACAAUGAGAGAUUCAAAAUUAAGCCUCAGUUUGAAGGCAAAGCUGGUGAAAAACUCUUGCAGUUGCAAUCACGAUUUGGCACAGACGAAAGAUUUCGCAUGGAUGCUCGAUUCCUUGAAAGUGACAGUGAAGAAGAAGCAGAGACAAAUAUCCUGAAGACAAAUGAGGAGGAAGAGCUUGCUGCAGAGAAAAAGAAAAAUCUGGAAAUACUGGGAAGCCUCUUGAAUAUCAACCUGGAACACCAUAAGCCAACUAAAACAGCCACAAGUGCCAAGAAAUUCAAAGAUAUUAAUGCCCUCCGCUAUGAUCCCACAAGACAGGACCACACAAUUUUUGAAAGGAAACCAAGUGCUACAGAAAAAGAGAGUAAAGCUAAAAGGAAGAAGAAGAAGGAAGAGAAUCAAAAACUGCCUGAAGUGUCUAAAGAAACAUACUACAAAAUUUCUGUUGAUUUAAAAGAGUUGUUUGGAUCUUCAAAGAGAAACUCAGAAAAAAAUGCAGAAAUACCCUCGGGCAAAGAUGAUGCAGAAGACUCUUCCAAACCCAACCAAUCGGGACCAAACACUGGGAGUAAUACAGCUGAGGAUUUUAGUGAUUUCAGGUUUAACUUCUUUGGAGACACGGAGGAGUCAGUUAUAAAAGAAGAGCCCUACGUAAUUGAAACAAUAAAACCUAUAAAAGUCUCAUGGCAAGAAGAUCCACGUUUCCAGGACAGCAGUUCUGAGGGUGAUGAUGAACCAGAGGCAUCAGAAAGUGAAAGGGACAAAGAAAUGUUUUUCUCUUCACCACAGACAGACAGUGCUAGAUGUUUUUUCUUCUCCAAAGAUGAUGAACGACUAAGAGAAGGUCCUAAAUUAUUUUGUAGGUCAGUAGACCUCAGUGAAGAAAAAGAUGGGUGGGAAGACAGACGUAGAUUAUUGAUUGAGGAGUGCCGGAAGAAGCAUAAGGAUGCAAGAAGGAAAGUGAAACCAAAACAAUAAAUCUUUUCUAUCUUA